CCGUUACUUUGAAACCCCAGCAAUGCGAGUCCAGCGAGUCCAGCCGACGGUGUCCGCCAACCCACGUGGUCGAUGGCAUUGGUCGUCGCUGCUGCUCGGUAGCCUCUGGCUCAGCGCCACGCUGGCUGCAAGUGUCUGCUACCUACGGCUGCUGCAGCCGCCGCUCGCCAACGACCUUCUUUGGCCGUACUACAACGCAUCUGGGUACCAAACCUUCCUCAUCGAUCUACUGAAUACGCUAUUGGAGACGACGCCGGAUACCUCCUCAGUCGACUUGCAGUCUGUGGCGCUCGAGGGACACUACGACAGUCUCUUGACCAGCGCUAUUGUGCACCCGACGUACGCGAUGGCGCUGCUCACGACCAAGCUCACAGCGCUCGAGUUUGCCAUCACUAGUCUGCGCAACUUGUCGGAGAAUGCCCAGCUGUUUCAACUGCCAACGCAGUACUGCUGGGUCGACUUUAACCAAUCGUUCGAGCUCGCCCACACGGACGCGCGUCAAGCGCGCUGUCAUCGUCAGUACGCCGCGAACGGCGCAGUGUACCUCGAGUCUCUCUUGCGCAACACCAACUGGAAAGCGGCUGUCGCCGCAUCUGCGACCUCGACCAAUUUCUGGUUUGCCAUUGAGAGCGGCCUCGAAGCCUCAGCGAUGGGCGCUCGCUGGCUCGACGCUGUCGCUGCCGUGACCACCUCGGUCCAGGACGAAGCCACUGUCUGGCGAUCGCAUGGUAUUGACAGCUAUUCGUAUCAGUGGCAAAACAUCAAGCGGCCGGGACUCGUCGAGACGGCGACGCUGGUCAAUGCUCUUGGCCUCCAGACUUCAGUUGUGCUCAAGAGUGUUGUCAGAACCAAUGGGCCGUGGGUGAUGUCGCUCUUCAGUCCCUCACUUCUCGAUGAUAUUCGCCUUGUCAGUGGCUGCAACGCGAGUCUUCUUCGUGGCGCGCCACACUACGUCCUCAACACAUUGUGCGACGGCCGCGUACCCGUCUCGUUCGAGUCGUUUCUCGAGUCGCUUCUCCAAAUGAGUCCGUUCUUCCGCCCGAUUGGUAUGAUUCGCGACGCCCUUGGGCCACUCCUUUCAAGCGAUCUCUACGUCGUGCCCAUACCUGAGUCUCUCAUUUCUCUGAGAGCCGACCGUGUCACCGCGCUGUACGGCGCCUGGAACGCAUCGACCGCAGACAUGUACUCGACUCUCGAGACGGACUUGCGCGUGACGCUAGUGCCGCCCGCGUGGUCGACGGACCUCGUAUUUUACGGCGGGAGUCCUUUUUGCCUGUAUGGCGCACCACAGACGUAUGUGCAACCGCCGUUUACAUCGACCGACGACUGCUCCACGCAGUCCGAAUGGACGGUGGCGAUACCGCGGCCAUCUCUUGUCAUCGCGAUGUCUUUGGUCCACGACUCGAUCGACGCGAUUUGCGCGCAGCAGUCGCGCCGAGUCUGUCCCGAGACGCUACUCGCCGCGCAAAAGCUCUUGCCGCACCGACAGAUCGACCCGGUUUUGCUUCAGAACGCAACCACAGCCCUCAAACCGACGUUCGAAUGCUAGUACAGCCACUACUCGAGC